CAAUCAACGCGUCAAUCUUUAGAAACAACACAUGCCAUUCCUUACUAAGGGGGUGGCUGCUUGGUUUAAAAAGAGCUUUUCUAGCCUUUCUUUUUACAUCAUAGUGCGGGGAGGGAGAGGUUGGCUAUCCGACAAUAAUGAUCAUGCAUGCAUUCAAUCAAUUCGGGUACCUAGAAAUUAUACAUAUAAAGAGGCCCUCUUGAUCGAUUGUCUUGCUUUUCCAUCACCCACCCACAACAAUUCCAUCCCUAUCCCCUAACAAUGCGUUUCACAAUUGCCGUCUUGAUCGCUUCAGCAAGUGCUGCUCUCUUUGCUGCCACACCAGCAGAAGCAGUUGACAAUCGUGUUUUGGUAAAAUACUCUGGUCGUACACCAACUGAUUUUUGUAAUCAAUGGAGAUGCAAUUGUAUCAAUUACGUUCCAAAAGAUCAAAGUUUAACUUUUGGUACGGCUUAUUGUCAACCUGGUGACUUUUCGGGUAAUAACAGAGAUACAGAAGCUCGUGUAUUUUGCACAUUCAAGGACAGUAAUGGCAAAUCAAAAAGUGUUCUCAAGCACGUUGCUGCUGCCACUAAUGCCACAAUCGCAUAAGCAUAUACCAUUCAAACCUUUAUUCGUCUUCUUUUGUCUGUAUCUAUGAGAAUACCAUUUUUAUCUGUUG